UAAUUACAAUCAAACCUGUUCUAGAGUUUUAAUAUUUCAAUUCUCCUUCGCUCUCUUUUCCUUUCUCCCUCUCUCUAUCUUUAUAUAUCUCUCUUUCAAUCUUUAAUCUCUGUGAUCUUUUGCAUUUUUUCUCCCUCUUCUAUACUCCCUCUUUCUGUCUCUAUCGGUCUCACUGUGUUUACAUCUUCUCUGCGAUUUAGAUGAUGAGUGAUAAUUUCCAAACUUCCAACUCAAUUUCAUCACAUCAACAAACAAUUUAUGUGCUACCUGGUAAACUUAAACUCCCCAUUCAUUUCACAGAUGCAGCUGAUAUCUUGCAGGAUGAUAAAAUUAAAGAUGAAGUUUCGAUGGAAACAGCUGAGUUUAGGUCAGAAGAGAUUCAAGGAAUAGAAGAGGAUAAAGAUGAGCAAGCUAUUUGUAAUAUGUUGCAAAUGUUGGAAGCUAUACGACGCGAAAACGUGCUAAGUUUUUUGGACAAAAAGAAAGAAGAACUAGAGAAUUAUGCGAAAAUACAGAAUCUAAAAAACAAGAGUUUGGAACAUAAAAAGACAUUCGCCACAAAAUUGCAGGAGUUGCUGAUUGAAGAUAAAACUGAUGAAGAUACAGAGAUGUAUAAACCAAUCAUCACACCAUCACAGCCUGAUACAACAAUUAAAGAUGAGAAACCGGAAAGUGAAAAUUUUAAAGUGAUAAAGGAUGUUCAAUUGAAUAUUGAAUAUAAAUUGGAUACUGAAUGUCAACUGGACACUGAAUGUCAGCCAGAAACUGAAUAUAAACUAGGCACUGAAUGUCAACUGGACACUGAAUGUCAACUGGACAUUGAAUUUCAGCCAGAAACUGAAUGUCAACAGGACAAUGAACUUAAACAGGACACUGAACAUAGACAGACCGCUGAACAUAAACAGGCCACUGAACCUAAACAGGCCGCUGAAUGUCAACCGGACGCUGAUUAUCAACUGGAAACAUUUUGUGUAAAUUUUGAAAAAUCGCUCGUGGGUUUUAUUACUGAAAAUAGAUUCAAAGCUUAUCGAAACGAGCUUCAACUUUUCAUUCGGACAACAAUCAAUACAAUAUCUAGAAAUUCAGUUGAAGAAGUAAAGACAAAAGCCAAACAGUUAAUUUUGCUUCUGACAAAAUCACCAAUAUAUUACAAAGGGAAACAAUUAGAUUGUUGUCAACAUCCUGAUGCCCUGAAUUUUUGUUUACACUUUACUGCUAAAACUUUCAUUAGCUCUGGUGUUGUUCAGGUUUCAUCUGUUUCCGCUGCGGCAUUUCCUAUUGGUGCCACAAUAGCUUUGCUUUGGUCCCAUUCGCCUACAUUUGGUAAACUUUUUCUUGGUCUUUUGAUCCAAAAAUGUCCCUAUGUUAAACCAAGCUACUCGAACAUCCAGCAUGAGAAUAACGAAUCUUACUUCAAACGUUGUAGAGCUCUUUUAAUGGUUUACGGUGCAGUAAUCCAGGUAGGAUUAUCAAAUAAACAUCCACAUGGAAUACGUUUCGGAUGGAUUUGGUUAUCAAGUAAAUUACGUCAAAACCCAGAUCCCUUUAUUACGUCAAAUAUUUUAGAAGCUUUUCUGCAAAUAACAUCAUUUAAGAUGGCCAAAUGUUAUAAGAAGCAAUUUUAUAAGAUUUUAUUUUUUAUAAAAAAUGUUUACCUGCCAAUGAUAGCAAAAAUAGUUGGAGCAGAAGGUACUAGGCAGCCUUACAUCAAAUUUGAAUUAUUUAUCAAAGAGUUGAUUGACAAAUUUGUAAAGUUCGGAUAUAUUAGUCAACCUGACGGAUUUAUCGAUAGAGUUUAAAUGCCAACUUAAGCUGAUACAAUUGUAUAUUUAUUUUGAUAUUUCUGUCUUAAAUGUGGACGAAAAUGGGAUAAUUGCUCAGAAUCUAAAUGACUAAUUACUAUUGAAAUUGAUUAUUAUCGCUUGCUUUCAAAUAUUCCUAUUUGAAAGUAAAUCAACAAUGUCACCAAUAAUGAAAAGAUGGCCUGAAAUCUUAUUUAUUGUAAAUAAGUGUGUAUAGUCAUUUAAUUAAAUAGUCGCAUAAAUAAAAAUUGUUUUACAAACGUAAA